UACAUUUUACAAGCUUUCAAACAUUCGGAGCCUCAAGUGAAGCAAGCUGUACAGACCCUUUUAAAGUUUGCAUUUGCCAGGUAUUACAAUGGUAGAUUUGAACCCAAAAUGACUAAAAGGGAAGAGGCGCUGGUAUUGGGAGUCAGCCCGACCACAACUAAAACAAAGAUAAGAGAAGCUCACAGACAGAUUAUGCUGCUGAACCAUCCUGACAAGGGUGGAUCUCCAUACAUUGGAUACAAGUUUGUGCAGCGAGCGCUUACUGUAAUACGGAUGUGA